UGAUGACCAUCACACUCUCGUCACGUCACGGAUCCGCAGCGACCGAUAGAGAUGCUGAGGUGACAGCAGGCAGAAGGAGAACAGGGACGACCAACACUCCGACAUAUUCCACCCUGUAAACCUGCUUAUUAUUCUCUAACAUUUUCUACAAACGCGACCACCGCCGCCAUCUCUUCUUCAUGGACUGCUCCCUCGUGAUGGUAUUCCGUUCAAUGUCGUCCCCUCCGCCUCCAAAAGCAGAGGAUUUGUUGUAACCACACCCGGCUGGAUUGGAUCAAGGAUUGGGAGCAAAGACCCGAGGGCUCUCCAUCAAGGCACUAAUGCUCGUGUCAGUGUGAGGCCACUGGUCGAGGGGGGGGGAAGCAGUGAGGACAGCGUCCCAGGUCCACAGACGGGAUGAGCGGGGGAACGGAGCAAGCUGACAUCCUGACCGUGCUCUCUCUGGUCAAGGAACGAUGGAAAGUGGCGAAGAAGAUCGGGGGAGGCGGGUUCGGGGAGAUCUACGAGGCGGUGGACCUCCUGACGCGGGUCAGCGUGGCGCUGAAGGUUGAGUCGGCCCAGCAGCCCAAACAGGUGCUCAAGAUGGAGGUCGCCGUACUGAAGAAGCUCCAGGGUAAAGACCACGUGUGUCGCUUUGUGGGAUGUGGUCGCAACGACCGCUUCAACUACGUCGUCAUGGAGCUUCAGGGUCGUAACCUGGCUGACCUGAGGAGGAGUAUGACUCGGGGAACCUUCAGCAUCAGCACCACGCUGCGUCUGGGGCGGCAGAUCCUGGAGGCCAUCGAGAGCAUCCACUCUGUGGGCUUCCUGCAUCGUGACAUCAAACCGUCUAAUUUCGCAAUGGGCCGCUUCCCGAGUACGUGUCGGACCUGCUACAUGCUGGACUUCGGUUUAGCUCGUCAGUUCACCAACUCCUGCCAGGAGGUCCGACCUCCUCGUCCAGUGGCAGGGUUCAGGGGAACUGUCCGAUAUGCAUCCGUCAAUGCACACAAGAAUAAGGAGAUGGGUCGUCACGAUGAUCUGUGGUCUCUCUUCUACAUGCUGGUGGAGUUUCUGGUCGGGCAGCUGCCAUGGAGGAAGAUCAAGGACAAAGAACAUGUGGGGAAGCUGAAGGAUACUUACGACCAUCGUCUCAUGCUCAAACACCUGCCGGCAGAGUUUGGUGUUUUCUUGGAACACAUCGCCACACUCGACUACUUCACAAAGCCAGACUACCAGCUGCUGAUGUCAGUGUUUGACAACAGCAUGAAAACCUACAAUGUUGUGGAGAAUGACCCUUAUGACUGGGAGCGGACCGGCACUGAUGGCACUUUUACAAUCAGUGCUAGUGCCACAACACCGCAACAUCACACACGCCUCACUCCGGCACACAUGGGUAUGGCGAAUGCCUCCCUGAUCCCUGGCGACCUGAUGAGGGAAAACACAGACGAGGUUCUGCAGGACGAGCAGCUCAGCGACGCGGAGAACAACCCAGCCCCGGACCGCCUGCCGGGAUCCCCCCUCCACCCCCACCGCAACCAGGAGGCGGAUGUGUGGGAGGAGCUGGACCGCAACCGUAACCGCAUCAGGACGGCGGUCUGGAAGGCGGCAACGGAGGAGGAACAUAGCAACAACCAGGGCAACCACGCAAACCAGAACCCCUACGCUGGGCCGAGUCUCGGUUCUCCAGUCAAACUGCACUCUGAGCUGGGGGCUUCAGACCGCGAUGGCCCCUUGCUGAGGAAGAUCCGCAACAUUCACAGUCUGGAUAUAGAGAGGAGGCUCAGCCUAGAAGCCAAACCCAGUCCAGAGCGCUUCCUGGAGACCUGCUCAGGGAGGCAGCAGCUCGGCCCCCAGCAGCAGGAGAUGGCGGCUAACGGAGCAGCGAUCAUCCCUGUCACUCAGGCUGUACCCGCCGGGGAGCGCCACGACAGGGUCUGGCACUACGACGAGGAGUUCCGGUUGGGUGGUGGGUCUCCUAAACCAGCAUCCUGUGGAUCCCUGGAGCAGGGAGAGGGGGCGGCCAUCAGCGGGGGCUUUGUGGCCCUGAACCUGAGCUCUGGGAGGCAGGACAUUGACUCCAGGGAGUGGGUAAUGGUGGAGAGGCCCGGCGGCUCUCCAGGAGCCAAGACCGCCACCUCAGAGGAGGAUGAGGAGCCAGAGCUGCUCCAGCGGGGCGAUCAGUCUCCUGGCUGGGAAAAGUGCAGUCCCAGCCCUCUCUCUGGCAAAGCUAGACGAGAAAGCACGGCUUCCUCCAAGGGAAGUACAAAAGUGGACAAGUUGGAGCUUAGCGUGGGCCCCAUCGGGAGUCUGCCUCCCGUUACUCCUACCAGCCCGGGUGAAGCUCUGGCUGAAGGAGUUCUCACUCAGUUCCCCACCUCUCCUCCGUCCCUGCCUGAGGAAGUCGCUUUCCGGACCUCCAGCCCCAUCCCUCUGCGCUCUCCCAGCCCUCACACACUCCUGACCACCCUGUCGGACCCGUUGCACCUGCGCCACCCUCCCUCCCUGAGGCGCAGCAUGUCCGUCGACCCGCAGCAGCAGGAGCGCGCCUCCUCCUCUUGCCACGCCUCCCUCCCACAGUACCCCGCCCCCGGCACCCGCUCACCCGCUCGCAGGAAACUACCAGCCAUCCCGGCGGGCGCUGCCAACGCCAAGUUUCCCUCCGUCAUACGCAUCACUCGUGCCCAGCUGCAGCAGUUGACGGCUCAGCGUCCCUCUGGGCUCUCCUCCCAGUCGGGAUCAGACAGUGCUCCACAGUGCCUCCUGCUGGAGAGGCGGAGUGAGGCUGAAGCCGAGGCUCAGCAGGUGCAGGAGCGCACAGCGGACAUCAGCUCCCCCCAGGACCAUGUGCCCACCAAUCCCGGGACUCCUACAGACCCCCUGGCUGAGAUAAUGGUCAAUGGAGACAUGUUUCCUAAAACUCAGGGCCCUCCGCCAAACCGUUUGUCUUCCCCUCGUUCCCUACGUUCCCCACACUCGCCUCCUCUGUGCUUGCCUUCCUCUCCUCGCUCUCCUCGCUCCCCUCACUCUCCUCGCUCCCCUCACUCUCCUCGCUCCCCUCACUCCCCUCACUCCCCUCACUCCCCUCACUCUCCUCGAAGCCCCUUGUUUGCCAAUGGCCACCUCUCCCCUACUGUUAACAGCCAAAGGGAUUUAAGUAACGGGGCGUUCCCCAAGCUGAAGGACCCUGAGAAUGAUUCUGGCCUGACUCCCUGUGCCACAGAGCCUCAGCUGAGGGGGGAGGCGAGCAGAGAGGUGAACCACGAUCACACCGAUGGACCACCCUCCUCCUCCGCGGCUGCUCCCCGUAAGGCCCCCAGCCGGAGGCACAGUCGCAUCCCAGUCCUGGAGCCCUCCAGCCUGUUGGAUCUCCCUCCUGCGGGGUCUGCCAAGGAGAAACUCCUACAGAAGAAAGCCAACCACCACGGAUCGGCCCCCUCUCCCACUGCUUCCCCCUCCCUCUCUGAUAGGCGUGGUCCCAUGGUGGCGUCCCUCGCUAGGGACCCGCUGUCCUCCACCUCUGACCGCUCUCAGGACGAGGACUCUCUCAUGGGCUCCCGCUCAGACCGGCAGGGAGACGACGGCCCCUCCCUCUCCUCCUCCUCCAGCCCUCUGUCCCGCAAGAGCAGGAUCCCACGUCCCGUUCAUCCGGUAUCUUCUGCUGAGCAGCUGGCCGCCCAAUACCUGCCACGCCCGCCCCCUGGAAAACCACCGGGCCGCCCCACAGCGGAGGGCAGGCUCAGGCGUUACCGCAUCCGAGCCGGCAGCAACAGUGACUCAGACCUGCUGUCGUGCCUCGCUCAGCUGAUGCACGGCUCCCGGGGCUCCCCCCUCCACCACCGCUCCUCAGCCCAGUACGGGGGCUCUAGGAUGGGCGUCUGCAGCCUGACGAGCUCCCCCCCCCACCACCACCGCAGCUCCAGCGCCUCCCCGCGCAGCUCCUCCUCCCUGCAGCGCUCCGUCAGCUCCUCGCCCUCCCGCCACGAGCAUCGGGGGGGCGGGGGAGGGGGUUGCCUGGGCCGCAGCCGCUCACCUCCCAGCUUCUCCGGCUCGCCACCUCCCCGCCGCUUCUACCCUCACCACCAGGAGACCUGCUGCAGCCGGCAGGCGCGCACGGGCCCCUUCCACCUGUCCAGGGGAAAGAGCUGCAGCCGAGACGGCAAGUGCUCGAGCAAGCUGGCCAGAUAGUUCCCCAGCGGGGGGGGGGGUGCUGCCGCAGCAGAGGAGGGGAGGACUCCUGUAUCUUGAUAGUUUGGUCAGGAUUAAAGCCUGAGUCUUCCUGUAUUAAUUUCCCCUUUUUACGCUGUCAGUCUGAACCUUGUCUCGCUGUUUCCCGCUGUUCUCUUCACUCCUUCUAUUUGCACACCGGGUUUCUCAUUGAUUUAUGUGCCCAGUUUUAUAGGAGUGAUUUAGUAAUGCACUUCCUUUUCCAUUUUGAUUUAAGAAGAAUGCUAAAGAAUCUGUGGGACAGAAUCUGAGACUUUUAAACUCCAUUAUAGCUCCUACAUAUCCCAUAAUGUAACUUAAAAGCAUAAGUGCCCAGUUUGUAAGGCUUACUGUUGAAAAGCCUCAAACCCAAUCUGACAUUCACCGGCUGAAGAGUACUUCUUACGACGACUAAACUGAGCCUCAUGUGUAAAAUCGGUGCUUCUUUAAGAACUUAUUAGACAAGCCAUGUUGACAAGUCAGGGUCCUCGUUUCAUAUAUAUUAUUAUGUUGUAGAAAAAAAUAGUAUAGCUGCAAAAUGAAUGAAUGGUUUACAUGCAGGCAUAAUAUAAUAUGUAAACUAAUAGUUAUUUGGCCGGUGGGCACAUAAAUAAAUCAGUUUCCUGUUUAUUCAUCUUCAUGCAUCCUGCACCACAAUGUAAUGUAACUUAUUUAUCCCCAGUAUUAAUGCACUUGGAAUAUACUGAUGGAAGAUCAGUCAAAAUGAUCACUACUUAAUGAAAUAUUGCCCUGGGGCUGACCCAGUUAUCUCCUCUGCACUCAGAGAUUGCAGGCAGGGUAUGAUGUUUACUUUAUGCUAUAUCCGAAUGCAUAAAGCCAAUAUUUGUGUACAGUUGUAUUUAUUGAGAUAUUUAUUUUGAUGCUUAGCAAUGCUUGAGACUCUUACCCUCUUCUUUGUGAUGGUGGAUGUAUGGUUUUGUGUCACUCACAUUAGUUUUAAAUGCUAAAUCAAAAAGGAUUACUCCUUUUAUACAAUCAAUCAUGUCAAGUGCGUGAGGACACACACCUUUUUGUGCCUACUGUGUUGCUAAGGGGGAAUCGGAAGUGUUUCGCUGACUGAAGGGAUUACAGAAGUGUGUUAGUGGUAGUUAUUGAGUAGUAGCAGUAGAUAGCUUAAGCAACACAAGGUACAUUACUGAGUAUGUAUUAAUGUUCAGACACAGAUGUUUGUCUCAGCGUGUGCCUUGGCACUUUAGGGCAGCUUCAGGAUUCACUUUGUUUGUAUUUAAACAAAAAGGAGCCAAAAACAGUCUUGUGCCAGCGGUUAUAAGACAACCCUUUUAACCAGUGUUCUUAGGAAAAGGUAGCAACACCAAGAUUUGUAAAUCAAACACAAUGAGAGUUACUUGAGUAGCAAUUAUAUGUAAUGACAAAAAAAAGGAAAUAUUUGAAGUGGAACCCAUCACACCUGUCCUGUUUAUAAAUACCUGGUCAGUCCUGGAGAUAAAACUUGAUCAAAAUGUGAUUUUUCGACCUCAAACAUCUUGUCAAAUGUUAUUGAAAAUCAAGGCCAUGUGUAAAUAUAUUUCCCACACCAAAAUGAUCUUCCAGGCUUCCAUGCCAGAUGGUUUUCUUGUUAGUUUUGUUCCUCCUGUGCCGAACCAUGUCUUUUAUAUAAUGACAUACAGUUUGUUUGUGCACAAGGGAAAGGAAUCAUGUAGUUCCUCACUGAACCUCCACAACCUCCUCCCACACCUCUGCUUGUAAGACACUGUAAAAUAACUCCAGCUUCCUUUCGAUGCUACUCUUUGCAUGCUCAACAGAAAAAAAAACACGCAGAACCAACAACUGAGUAGAAAGCUGCAUUCCACCUCCCAUCACACGGUAUCUCUUGGUUCUAACCCAGCAGUGAAUCACCUUUUAAUCUAUAUAUAUUUUCUCUGACCCAUCUAAUAUUCUUUCUAUUGCCCUUCCCACCUGAUGUCUGACUUGUUUCCUUUGCUCCCCGCACUGACUUCACUGGGAUGAAUGUGUUGCAGGAAUAUGAUAGACUGUACGAACCCAGAGGACUGUACUCAGUGCAAAUACUGACAUGAUGGAAUGUCCAGAAUAAAAAGGAGAAUAGACUUUACAACUGUGAUUUGAAGAAUCAAAGGGAUAGUGCGGAUGUUUUUAGGUGGGGUUGCAUGAGGUACUUUACUAUAGUCAGUCUAUUAUUUACAGUAGAUCACUUUAUGGCCCAUUAUGAAGAAACAGCGUUUAACAUCACAAAGAAGACCUUUUUAUUUUAAUCCCUAAGGGGAAAUCUAAAAAAGCAAAGUAAUGUUCUGCUGUUGAACAUAUUUUGAUAUCAGUUUAAGUGUACAGUAUAUUUAGUAUAUUUUCUUCCCUUUACCUCACUGUCUUACAAGUACAUACUGGUCCCUGGAGCCUUGAUCUAUGCUGUAAUAAACUGAUUUUGGAUGAGUACCUCAUGCAACCACAUUAGCGGUCACAAAAAAUCACAUUGCCAAAUAUUUUUGUAGAUUUUGCAGAUGUGGUUCGACUUGAGAUUUGAUAAUAUGAGAUUGCACCGAGAUUGAUGUAUAACGCGUGCUGUUUUGUGCAGACCUUGCAGAUAUCACCGCUCACAGAGCAGCUAUGAUGACUCAUCCUGAAGGCAGACAGCGUUCAGUCAGUCAGUCGCCUUAAUGUCUCCUCUCUGCCCCUCUGUGCAACGCGAGGGAUGACUGAGCCUUGUCUGUGUUGGAGAUCAUUCCACUAUUCGGGCCAAGCCAAGCCUUUCUGUCACUCAUCUCCUUGUGUGUGAAAGGUCUGUCAGCGAGGUCAAUAUAUCAACACUGAAAUCAAUGCUGUCAGACUCUUGUGCUUACCAAGCUGUGCUUCUACCGGAGAGAUCCAUGUUUUUCUGUGAGAGUGCGUGGGGAAAUGUUUCGAUCGACUGUGUGCAGCAUUCAAGAUGUGUGUGUUAACAGUAUGCUCUCAAUCUGGAGCGUUCAAUUCCUUACAUGUCGCCAGCAAUCAAUCUUUGAAUCGUCCCUCUUUCAACUCCAGAUUUCAAGAUAUUCUAAGCUUUCAAAGUUCCGAACGCAGUUGUGCAGACUUUUAAUAUAUACCUGUAAAAUAUAAAGUAAUUAUUGAAAUAAAAAAUAACUAUUGUAAACUUAAAUGCUAACGGGCUUCAGUGAAAGGGAGGAACAGACGGUAAACAGUGCUGCUGGUUUCUAAAGAUAAUCAGAUAUAUUCUCAUGUUUUCUUUAUUAUUAAUGCACAUAAGUGAUGUGGAGAUGUAGUACUAGUUGAGAUCCAGAUGAGAUUUUCUUUGUCGCUUUUUAAAGUGGCUUGCUCAUAGAAAGGUGUCCUAUUUUAUAGCUUGCUGGGUAUCUGUGGUUAAAUACCCAUAUGCCAGCAAAAGAAACCCAGAUGUUUUAAUUUAUUUUCAAAGUUUAGGCGGAAACUAAUGAUAGCUUUGGUGUGCACUUGUACACUUCUCAUGUCAUUACAUUGAAUUACUUGUAAGUAACUUCUAAAUAUUUGACAGAAACUAUUUAUUGUGACAUUUGCUAAUUCACCCAUCCAUCAUUUUGACUUCAAUUGUCGGGAUUUUUUUAAUGGUGGAUAUUUUUACGUUGUAAUGUACGUCAUGGUUUUGAAAUGUUACUGUACAGUUUCAAGGAAAGAAUGUAACAAGUGGGAGUUUUGCAUUGUAUAUAACUGUAAUUAUUUAUGUUUAUUCUAUCAUUUGUGUCAUACCAAUGCCUUGUACAGUGUUUUUUUUCUUUUUUCUUUUGAAAUUAUUUUGUAUUUUAUUUUUAUAAAGUGGUUAUAAAUAAAAUACUCAUUCCGCAUGCAGA